AUUAAUUAAUAAUGUCUGAGCUCGCGAGGACGACGUCGGCAAUUCCUCUUGUUUUACGUUUUCUUCUUUGCGCCAUCGGCCAGGCAUCUCGCCGCUUUUCAUUUAUAAUAAACGUGUACAUAUAUUGUUGUUAUACCUCUCUAUUAUAUAGCUUUUGUCACCAUGGAGCGGCCCUCGUACCACCCACCCUUUUUCCUGCACGUCAGUAUGCAACGCGCGACUUCGUCUGGCCGAGCAUCUGAUAUACGUACG